CCUAUAUGAUCAUACGCCUUCGACGCCAAGGUCGAACCUUGUAGCCGCCCACUUCGAUCUCCGCCAUGGCACUUGCAGGCGCAGUAGAACCUCCCCUCUCACCCUCAGCCGGCCUCGAUCUCGACUACCUUGACUAUCUCCUCCAGGGUUUCUACUGCGACGACCUCUUUCACCGGCCCGACCCUGCCACCACAGCCGAGGGGGAGAAGUGCGUCGAUUCGCCUUCACGCGAAUCCAUCGCCUCUUCUGAUCCAGUCUAUUGCCAUCUGGAGGUGGAGGAAGACGAUGCUGCCUCCAAGGGCUUCUAUGUGGAUGAUUUCCUCUCUGAUUUGUUCGAUUUAGGGUCUCGUGAUGCUGAGACUCCCAAUCCGGGGGCAGCAAUCGACGGUGAGGGAAAGGAUGGCGAUAAGGAGGAAGAGGAUGAAGAACCGGCCAGCAAGAAGCUGAAAAGUGAUUCUGCCAUGAAAUCGCGGGUGAUGAAGGCGGUGUACCUGAAGGAUAAAAAAGACCUAGAUACUUUCGCACCGAAGCAGGAGUCUGCAGUGCUCUUUGAGGAAUCCCUGCCGCUGGGUUCCCUGCUUUGCCUCGUCAGUAUCAUUUGCUCGUUCCUUCUUCCAGUUCUGGGCGACCAGAACCUGAAGAACACAAAGGGUCAGGGAAGAGGCAACUGCCAUGAAAUUGUGAUGAACGGAGGAGUGAAAAAUACGAUUUUGGGAUUUGGGUCGGGUAAUUUUGGGCGGAGGUGCAGAGGUACGAGGAGUAGGAUUAAAAGGUUCGAUCUUCCGCAUGUCGUUUAGGUGCUCUAAUUUUUGUUGUAUGUUUACUCCAUCGUUUCUUGCCCUCUAAUAGUUAUAAUCUCUAUAGGUCUUCUAAUGAACAUAUUUUUUAUUUUAUAAAUAAUUAUCACUGUGAGAAUAUAAAUUUAAAUCUGUAAAAAGAUAAUUUUAUAGUUUGUAUUUAAUAGAAAUAUAAAAAUAAUCA